AUGGCAGAGAUAACUUCAAUGAUUCAAGGCAAAUAUCACGUGUGCCAUAGAAUAGUGAGUUCGUGUAAAUCUGCUGGUGAACAACUUCUGGCACGUAAGCCGAUGAGUGAUAUACAAAUUGAAAUCGAAACAGAAAAUGAUAUGCGACGAACAUUAGGAUGGGUCCAGCUGACUGGUAUAGGUCUCGGUUGUGUUAUUGGAAUUGGAAUUUUUACAUUCAGUGGACAAGCCGCUGCCCGUUAUGCAGGUCCAGCGGUGAUCAUUUCUUUUCUUCUCGCUGGUAUUGUUGCCCUCCUUGCAGCUUUAUCCUUCUCGGAAAUGGCAGCGAUGAUGUCAAGUUCAGGUUCAGCAUACACAUAUGCAUAUGCUGAAUAUUGGGCAUGGAUUGUGGCUUGUAAUUUAGCAAUAAUGUAUGAACUAGCCGCAUCUACAGUUGUGAUGGGCUGGAGUAAAUAUGUCGUUCAUCUCGUCAACAUCGCAUUCAAUCGCAAUGUUUCGAGUGUAGUGUUUGAUUCGACGUUGAUGUGGACAAGUGGAACAGUUAUAACUCUUACUGGUGCUGCACUCGAUCUACCCGCUAUUGCAAUCACCGUUGUCAUUACAAUCAUUCUCAUUGUUGGAAUUCGUCAAACAGCUACAAUUAAUUUAAUUCUAGUGUUUAUAAAAGUCAUAAUUUUAUUGAUAUUCGUGUUCGUGUGCUGUAGAUAUAUCAAUGUCGAACAUUAUCAACCAUUCUUUCCCGAAAAUCAAGGAUCAUUUGAUUCGUUUGGAGUAAGUGGAGUAUUGAAAGGAGCAACGUUCGUUUUUCUGGCGUACGUUGGAUUUGAGUCGAUCGGAUCUAUUGCUCAAGAAGCAAAAAAACCAACACGAACAUUACCCGUCUCAAUUAUUGGUUGUACUGUUUUUUCAAUGACAAUUUAUGUCAUUGUCAGUAGCGUCAUGGUUGGCCUAGUUCCUUACUCACUACUAGAUUCGCAAAGUCCUCUAUCGGUAGCAAUCAACACCACACCUUAUGGGCUGUGGUUAUCGAUCAUUAUGGAUAUAGGUGCUAUCGUAAGCCUUGCUACAGUAGCGUUGACAAUGCUGCUUGCGCAAACUCGGAUUUUCUAUGCUAUGGCUCAUGAUCGUUUGUUACCACCAAUUUUUGCUCGUAUAUACUCCAAUACGAAGACACCAUGGAUCUCAAUAUUGAUCAGCGGUACAAUUUGUGCUCUCAUAUCUGGUGUAUGUCCAAUUGAUAUACUCGGUGAAACUACAUCGAUUAGUGCUCUCAUCGUUUACUUCUUCGUACAUAUCAGUGUUAUUGUCAUGCGUUACACCCAUAAGAAUAUGCCGCGCAGUUUUCGAGUUCCGUUCGGUGCAUGGCCAAUACCGACGAUCGGUGCUGCGUUAUGUGUCGCAUUUUUAAUCAAUACAAGCAAGGGUGCUGCCAUUCGACUUGCCAUUUCAAUCGGUAUUGGUAAUAUAAUUUAUUUUUCGUACGCUUUCUGGCAUUCCGACAGACGAAAGAUACUCAAACGCGAUGUAUCAACAACAAGCAUGAGUGAAUUCAUCUCCACAAUCGAAAUACAUAGUGGUAGUUUUACGAAUAUCGAUGCUGAAGGAAGUUCCGUCGAUGAAACUGCAGUGUAA